GCCUUAAGUAAAUUGGCUGCUACAAAUUAGUUUAUAAAUAAGAUGCGUUCUUUCUUUUAUUAGUCAAUGCUUUUCAGAAAUUUAGGACAAUGCUCAUACAUCAUUGCUUUUUGGUUUUGUUACUUUGGAUAUAUAGUCCCGUCUCUGCAUAUUAUGGCGACCCAUCGAAUUCUAAUAACGCUCUUCCUCCCAUCUCACUCAAUGCUUUUGUCUCUUUGGGAAAUUCGAUUUACAGCUUAGGUGGAUCAGUUGUUAAUGAUAGUGGGACAGAAACAAUGGUUGACGUUAUGGAGUACACCUUUGAUUCAAGUCAGAAUGUACAACAGAGAAGGAUUCUUUCUAAAAACGCUACGGCAUAUCGCGACUGUACUAACUGCCAAGGUUAUGCUCUUCCUGACAAUAAAACGAUUGUUGUCGUUGGAGUAAAGUAUCCUAUUCCUAACUCAGACAAUACAAAAUUGGGAUUGGGAUUUUAUGAUACCCAAACUAACAGUUGGACAUAUCCUGACAUAGGCUAUACUGAUGCUGUCCCAUUUACUCGAUACUACUUCUCUUCGGCGAUCUCUCCUGAAGGCGAUGCCUUAUAUGUUAUCGGGGGUGAAGUUAAUGAAACGUACAACACCACUUACAAUUUUGGAAUUAUCAAGUAUGAUCUCUUGAACAGAACUUCCGUAAUUGAUAUGAGCAUUGAGGAUCCAGAUAUGAGGUUAGAUGUUGAUGGAUCUUGUGCAAUUAUGCUACCUAAUGGAAACAUAGUUAUUGGCCUAGGUAUUCAUUGGGAUGGUGAAGCAUAUUAUAAGCCACAUCAUAUAACUUUGUUUGACACGAAGACCAAUAAGAUCUAUAUACAGCCUGUUAGUGGAGCAAAACUCCCUGGUAGAGUAGAUUCUUCCUGUGUUUUAGGGCCUGAUAAAAGUACAAUAUACUUUUUUGGAGGAGGUGAUAGAGACAACCACUAUAACCCACUGACUGGAAAACUUUACAACGACCUGUUAAUUCUGGAUACUAAAACCUGGUCAUGGAUUGAUGCACCACCAGCUGGAAAACUACCGUCGUCUUCAAAAAGACCUGGUAUGACCAACUUUGGUUCAAAUAAAAUCAUCAUAUCGCCAGCUAAUGCGUUUACAUUUACAAGCACGUCUUUAUCGGUUGUAAUAAAUGUCCCUGGUAUUGGGGACGAUAUAAAAUCAAGCAACUUACGUUGGUUCACUAAUUUUGAGCCUUAUGAUAAUCCCCAGCAUAAAUCAUAUCUUUCGGAUGGUGGUAAAGCUGGUAUAAUUGUGGCCGUUUUGGUAGUUGUUACUUUAUUAUUUACUUUGCUGUGGAAAUAUGUUCCUGCAACAAGAAGAAUAGCGACAUAUGUGCAGCAAGACAUGAUUUGGAGUCCGAGAUCUGGGGAGCCAUUAUGGGCGGAGACUACACGUCUACUUGUCCGAUUCAUUUUAUUAGUUCUCUUUCUUGCGUUUGUCUCCUAUGUUAUUUAUAGAUCAGUGGAAAGCCCUAUAUCUUCUCAGCGUAUCGAAGUAAAGGUAGAUUCAGUUCUUGCUCCAGAUAUUCGCUUUUGUUUUGAUGGGUUCCAAUCGAACAAAACAAAUCCUAAAACUUUAAACCCGUCAGUAUCUUGCAACUUUCGGAAUGGUACUAGCUGUUCCGAACACAUCUAUCCUCUUGAUAAAAGCCUAUAUACGCCCGUAUAUAACGAUAAUUUUGGAGAGAUUUCGUGUUUUCUGUUCUUGCCCAGUCCAGAUUUUCGAAUAAUGAACGAUGUUAAUGGUUAUCUAGAUGCCUUAGGGACUAAAGCUGUCUUUACACUGUUUGCGAAUCCUAUGUAUGAUAAUAACUUAGACUGGGGUGUUGUAUACGUCGAUUUUUAUGCUCCCGGAUACGAUUAUAAUGUACAUGUGUUUCAGCUUGGUACCACUAAAUUUAGCCGUGAUGAAAUUAUGGCAUGGCGAAUAUCCGAACAAGCAUCUAAUUUGGUUAAAACUACUAUUCUUAAACAAGGUGUUAGAUCGGCCACAUCAUAUUCUCUUACAAAAGUACAGAAAUUGAGAAAGGAUGAUGGCUGGAAUUAUAUUGGGUUUUCAUCAACAUAUGAUGAGUCAAUGACCGUCGUAAAUAAUUAUGUAGAUCCGCCACAAAAUGCUGAAAAUAUGAAUAUAUCAUACCCUUAUACUAAACGAAUUGCCGAGUUGACUGUUCUACCAGAAGCCUUUAUUGAAACAACUAUGAAGGAGCAAAAGGUCUUUACUCUCCUGAACGCAUUUGCUCAAGUGGGUGGUGUACUUGGGUUGUUUAUUGCUGUACAGACACUUCUUUUUGGUUUCCGACCGCAAUCACCUUGGGGAAUUGUACACAGAUGGUCUUUCGGAAAUCUUCGUAUCCGACUUACAGAUAGACUUGCUUACUACUUUAACAGAACAGGAACGCCAGUACCUCUCGUAAACCCUGUCCAUAAUGACCCAAAUUUACACCAAUACUUUAGGAACAAUGAUACGUAUAUACCGCAUGGGCCUGAUGUACCUUCUGCCAGUGACGAUCAAAUUGAAACCACUGUUGUUCAAGAAAACCGGGUUAAACGUGUCGAAGAACGUUUACAGUUGAUGGAGCUUCUACUAAAGUCUUAUUAUUUAAAUGACGAGGUUUUCAGAUCUUUGGAUCAAGCUGUGAAACGUAAGAAUGAAGAAAAACGUCGCAGUAGCAUGAUACAGGUGAAUGAUCGAGAAACAGACUCAGUACUUGGAAAUGAUGCCCUAAAUGAAGAGUAUGGUGGAGAUAAUAACGGUGUUUCCAAUGUGAAAAGAAGACCAUCCUCUACAGUUUUUGAAAUGCGACAAAGAGGACAAUAUGAACCCAACUUGACGCCCGAAGCCCCAUUAGAAUUAUAUGAUGAAGAAAGUGAAAUAGGAAAAAGAUAAAAUAUAGUUUUUAAGAUGAAUCGAUCACCCUUAUUUAAUAAAUAAAUAAUGCUAUAAACCAUUACAAAUUUU